UUCUCCCAAGACAACCUACAGGAGAAGGCUGCAACCCAUCAGCCUUGACUGACUGACAUCACUGCAAGUGCUUCAAACAAGACCUCAUCAUGGUGUCAAUGGGACGACAGAUGCUGGGCUUUGCCAUGGGCAUCAUUGGCUCCCUGGGGACCAUCAUCGUGUGUAUCCUGCCCAUGUGGAAGGUUACAGCCUUCAUUGGAGCCAACAUUGUGACAGCGCAGGUCAUCUGGGAAGGCUUGUGGAUGAACUGUGUGACGCAGAGUACAGGCCAGAUGCAGUGCAAGAUCUAUGAUUCUCUGCUGGCUCUACCGCAGGACCUUCAGGCUGCCAGAGCUCUUACGGUCAUGGCCAUCAUCGCUUCUGUCUUGGGCAUCCUUUUGGGGAUUAUGGGAGGCAAGUGCACCAACUUUGUGGAGGAUGAAAAUUCCAAAGUCAAGGUGGCCAUUGCCGCAGGAAUCAUCUUCAUUAUUUCCGGUUUACUUGUCCUGAUCCCCGUCUGCUGGUCUGCCAACACCAUUAUCCGGGAUUUCUACAACCCCACCUUAAUCGAAGCCCAGAGGAGAGAGUUGGGGGCUUCACUCUACAUCGGCUGGGGCACAGCUGGGCUUCUCAUCUUGGGUGGUGGCCUCCUCUGCAGCUCCUGCCCAGCCAAAAACAGCCCAGAGUAUCCAGUCAAGUACUCUGUUGCCAAGUCCGAAGCCACCAGCCGGGCCUAUGUCUGAGAAGCCCAUUCUCUCUCCUAAGAAAGACUUCUAAUUAUUUUACUUUUCUUGAGUUACCCUCCUUCGUUGUAAGGUUAUGAUUGCAUCACAAGUCGCUUUUCUUUUAGUGACACACAGAACUGGUUUUCUGAUAAAUUCACAUUUCUUUGUUGGAGGCAAGAGAGUUUCUUGAGGAACAGGAAAUCAUUUCAAAAGAUGUAGUGUGAAACCACUGUACCGACAAGAAAAUCUUCCAAGAGCACAAUGACUGAAUUGAAUGAGAGCUAUUCUAUAUAAAGUGUGUAGCAUGCACCUACAUAAACUGCUAGACAAUACCUCUAAAAAUGGAAAGGACAAAGAGGAAAAUAUUUUUUGCCAGGAUGGCUUUAGGAACUUAUGUCAUCAGGUAGUAAAAUUGCAUCAAAAUAAACAUUGUAUUUCUAGAGGAUGGUAUGUAUUCCAAUACAUUGUUGGGAUUUAAAAUGAAUUCACUUAAACAAUCACUGUGACCUUUUGAUUAUCAGAAAUCUUUUAUUAAUUUUUUUCUCUUUUGGAUUGAUUUUGUGCUCUAAAGUAGGCAUUUAAGAAGUUUCUGAAGUGUUGAUAUAAGAGAAAUAUGUCAACAUGGCUUUGUGCAUGAAGAGUUGCAU